GGAUAUUGGAGCACCCGUAUUGGCGCCAAAAUGGGGNCCCCCCCCCCCCCCCAUCAAAACCCUCCCACUCCUCAUCCUCCAUCUCCCAUACUAACCAAUCCCGCAUCUCAUUCCCGCAACCAUUCAUCAAUGGUUGCUGUGAAAGAAUCCGCAGAAGAAGUGGAACACUUUCCACAGGAGGAAGAGGACAAGUCAGAAGAAGCUGGUUCCGGAGAAGAAGAAGAAGAAGAACAGGAGGAGGAUGAGGAUGAAGGUUCAGAGAAACCCGAAGAAGAAGAAGAAGUGAAGGGGGGAGAGACGAGAGAUCUGAAGGAGAAGAAGGGCAAAAGGAUUUCGGAACCCUCAACCCCGGUAACACCCAGCUCCAGUUCCUUGAGGCCCACCAGGGAGAGGAAGAGUGUGGACCGCUUUUAUGCGGUUUCUUCUCCGGUUUCUUCUGCCGCUAAACCUCUCUCCAUUCAGAAGGGUCCAGGAAUGCAGCUUAGGGACAUCCCAAAUGUAGCUUAUAAAUUGUCCAAGAGGAAACCUGAUGAAAACCUACAGACACUCCACAACAUUCUUUAUGGAAAGAAAGCAAAGGCACGUAAUUUGAAGAAAAAUAUAGGUCAAUUUUCUGGAUAUGCGUGGGCUGAAGAUGAGCUUGAAAAGCAGAGGGGAAGGCUCCGGGAUAAGUUUGACAAGUGCGUCAAAGAAAAAUUGCUGGAUUUUUGUGAUCUCCUUAAUGUUCCCGCUUAUAAAUCUUCAACAAAGAAGGAAGAGCUCACUCUGAAGCUGUUGGAAUUUUUGGUGUCUCCUCAUAUCACAACUGAUAAGUUGCUCGCUGAUAAGGAAAAGAAAAGAAAAAAUCAACGAGGCAAGGUUACAAAAACUAAAUGCUCCAUAGAUGCAACUGCAGAUAUCCCAGCAAAGAAACCUGAAGGCAAAGCAGGAAGGAAACGGAAGCAAUCAUCAGAGAGAGAAGAUGCUGAGAGUAGCCCCCCUAGGAGUGAGUCUGAGGAGGAGGAUGGUGACGAUGCAAAUGAUAAUAAGGAUCAGAAAGAGACUAUUUCUGAGGACGACGACAUGGAGCUAGAGGGUGGAGAAGAAUACUCAAAGGAAAAAAAAAGAAAAAAUCAACGAGGCAAGGUAACAAAAACUAAACGCCUCAUAGAUGCAACUGCAGAUAGCCCAGCAAAGAAACCUGAAGGCAAAGCAGGAAGGAAACGGAAGCAAUCAUCAGAGAGAGAAGACACUGAGAGCAGCCCCCCUAGCAGUGAGUCUGAGGAGGAGGAUGAUGUUGAUGCAAAUGAUAAAAAGGACCAGAAAGAGACUAUUUGUGAGGACAAUGACAUGGAGGUAGAGGGUGCAGAAGAAUCCUCCGAGGAAGAUCAUAACUCUCCAAUGAAAGAUUAUGGGACUUCAACCCAGCAUAAGGAUAUCUCUGUGAAACCCUCCAAAAUCUCAGAUACGCCUACCAAAGAAUCUUCCGGUUCAACUUUGAAGAGAGGUGAUGAUCCAUCAACUAAUCCCGAUGUAGAAAUCUCUAAGAGACAAAAGACUGCUACUGAUAGCGGAGGGGAAGACCAAAAUGCAUCUGCGGCUGAAAAGGCUUCUCAUAAGAGGAAGUUGUCAGGGAAAGAGAAAAAUGCAAAGGUUGAAAAACCAGAGCCCAGCAAAGAAGAGAUAUAUGCCGCUGCUGUAGACAUUCUGAAGGGUGCAAAUUUUGACACUGCAACUCUAAAUGACAUAAUCCGGCAACUAGGGUGCCAAUUUGGAGUGGACUUUAAGGCCAGAAAAGCAGAGGUGAAGGCUAUUAUUACAGAAGCCAUAAAUGACAUGAGUGGUGAUGAAGAAGACGAGGAUGGGGACGACGAAAGUGCAGAGCUCAAGUCAUAACAUUAAUCGAAUCAUCAAUGGGAAUAAUUAAUCACAGCAACUGGCUAUGGUUCUGGUUGGGAUCCUUGAAAUGGUAUUUGUGAUAUGUUUGCAUGAAAUGCUCAGUUUGACUCUCAUCUAAGCUUAUUAGCUUGUAUAUGCUCUUCUUGAGUGUCUAGUUUUUUAGUGUAGCCAUGUUUUUUAUUUAUUAUUUUAUUUAAACAUGCAGUACUAGUUAAUAUUUAUCAUCUAAAAGUAUACAUUUGUUUAAUUUUUAUAAAAAGGGCGUGCAAGAGAUAUACUCCGUAUAAUAUAUUUUCUCCAUCUGU